AUGACCUCAGAUUCCAUCUUACAUGACUUCAAUUCCUCCUCUGAGGACCCUGCACACAAUGAUCUGGAGGUCGACAAAGAGCCCAACACUCUUAAUGUGAACUCUGCCCUGACAGGUGGUGUAGGACCAAGUGAACCACUGAAUACAGCUCAAGAUUCGGAUAACUCAACAUCCGAUGACUCCAUAUUUUUCAAGCUCCCCCGAGAGAGAGACGACGAUGCAUGGUCACGAUCCUCAGUACACGAGCGUUUCUCGAAUACUGAAGACCCCUCGGUGGUCCCGGACACGAUGGAAACCUGGACACCAGCCCAUUUUGGAGAUCCAGCUGGUUAUCGACCGUACAUGACAUGGUCAGAGCCGGUUGGGGUUCGGGAGUUCCACGAACUCACCGCACGAUACCCUAAAGGAGGGUAUGACUCCAAUUCGGAAAACGGCCUGAGGCAGGAGUUGACGGAUGUUAGGGGAAGGAAACCGAGGGAGAGUGCAGUAGGGGAAGUUAGGCGAGCAGUUCAACGUACUACGGCGAAGUUAGCCGCAGUUCAUCGACGAUCAUCUUAUCAUUUACCACUCGACGUAUCACUACGGCGAAUUAGCCGAGGUUUGUCGACCGUCGGAUUGCUCUUACCGACGACCCGUGCAAACCUCGGAGAAGUUCGAGAUUGUAUGCAGCCAGAGAGGAGAGUUACAAGAAGUAUGAGUAGACCAGGAGAAACAGUAGAGGAGACGGAGAGGAGGAUGUUGGAGGAAUUAAGACAAAGCUUGGGACCAUUGCCUGGUGCAAUUGAUACCCCCGAAGGAUCAACUCAAGGCGAUGAUUUCUAUCCACCCCUGCCUUUUGAACCACCUCCCCAACAAACCGGACUACCAGAACCACCAGCGGUGAGGACAGGUUCCGAAGAUUCGGGACAGACCCCACGACCAAGGGAAGGGAACACAGGAGGUAGGCUAAGUUCGGCCGGGAGCGAAGUAGUAGGAGGAAAUGAGGAGGAGGCCACAACACAGAAGAUGAUGCUGGCAAUAAUGAACAUGAUGAUGGAGAUGAAUAAGGAUAUGAUAGCAGAGAGGAAACGUCAAGAGGAGCAGGAGAAGAAGAAGGAACAGGAGACGGUUGGGGGAAUAGGGGAGAGGAGAGAGGAAGUAAAUCGAGGAGGGGAACGGGGGAGCCAGGAGAAAUGGCAAUCUACGGCGAAGAUCGAGGGCGUGCAGCCUAAGGGCACGAACGGGGGGAGGGCGAUACCAACGGAUGUAGACGAACUAAAUCGUCGUUGGCCGAGACCCAGUGCUGAUGAGGUUUUAAAGCGUCGAGAGGAAGGGAAGUGUACUGGAUGUGGAGAGAGAGGGCAUUAUAACCGGGAUUGUCCUGUAAUAGCGGCGAAGGUCAAAGCAGGGAUCAUCCCCUUGCGAUCUUUUGGACAAAAUGCUGGAGGAGAAGGGAGAUUUAGCACGGGGGGGAACGCCGUCCCUCUUGGGGACAGGAAGAAGAUCAACGCAGUCGGGAGGGAGGAAGCAGGUGUUGGAGAGCGGGGGAUGGACGAGGAGGAAAAAGAUGGGGACCCGUCGCGAUAG